AUGAAGAGAUGGAGAGAUGAAUCUGGAUCUGAUGAAGGUAGGACCUCAGUGUUUUCCGUGCAGGACGGCGGCGACUCGGUCGGACGUGGAUCUGGAUGCCGGACGCUGAUGGAUGGACCGGCGUGGAGGAAAGUAAGUGAGAACGGCAGAGAGAGAGCAGCACAGAUGAAGAAGUAGAAGAACGGACCAGGGUGAUGUGUGAGAGAGCUUCAGCGGGACGUUAAUGUGGACGGACGGACGGGGUUCCCGCGUGCCCUGGAUGGACCUUACUAAGCCUGAAGGAUUCAGGAGGAGCACCACAAGCUCUCAGAUCCACUCAUUUCAUCUGAUGGAGCAGCCAGAAUCUGGUGAUCGGAUCUCAGUCUGAUCUGCGUCCACAUAUUUUUGAAACUGGAAGGUGCAGCAGCAGCACGAGCUCCUUCUGCUCCUCGGUUCCUCUCGGCGUGAAGUCGUGGAGCUCCGCGUUCCUCCGGCUGCAGCUGGAUCGGAAACAUCUGGCAGCUUCUCUGAGGCGAGUCGAAGUGACCAAUGGGAAUCGAGGACCUGAGCAUGAGGAACGGGCGCGCCCUGUCGGACCAGUGGGCGGACGGCGUGGUGGUGCGACCCCGGACCACCGAGCAGCACAUCACCGUGCACAAGAGGCUCGUCCUGGCCUUCGCAGUGUCCAUCCUGACGCUCAUCGUGGUGACGGCCGCGGCCGUGAUGCUGGGCGUCCACUUCGAGAAGUGCGGCGGCGGCGCCGGCGAGAGCGCCGGGCCGCUCGACCCCGGGUCCAACCAGUCCCGAGAGCACAGGGCCGAGGACUGGCAGCCCUGGCGACGCCUGCGCCUCCCGACGGCGCUGCGGCCGCGGCACUACGAGCUCCGGCUCUCGGUCCGCAUGGACGACUUCACCUUCUCCGGGGAGGUGAGCAUCGAGUUCGAGUGCGUCAACGCCACCAAGUUCGUGGUGCUGCACGCCGACCGGCUGGACGUGGACGCCGUGUCCGUCUUCUCGGACGGCAAGAAGCACGGCGCCAUGAGGAUCCACCGCCACUUCCACUACCCGCCCAACCAGGUGUACGUGGUCUCCCUACACCGCGAGAUGAAGCCGCUGCGCACGUACAAGAUCAACGUCACCUUCCACGCUCAGAUCCAGGACGAACUUCUGGGGUUCUUCCGCAGCUCGUACCUGCUGCACGGAGAGAGGAGGUACCUGGCCGUGACGCAGUUCUCCCCGACUCACGCCAGAAAGGCUUUCCCGUGUUUCGACGAGCCCGUCUUCAAAGCCACCUUCCGAGUGCGACUGAGACACGACUCCUCCUAUCAGUCGCUCUCCAACAUGCCGGUGGAUUCGUCCAGUCUGGACCGGGACGACUGGGUCACCAAUCAGUUCUCCAGGACGCCGCGCAUGUCCACUUACUUCCUGGCCUGGGCGGUGUGUAACUUCACCUACAGAGAGGCGGUCACAGAGGGCGGAGUCGUGAUCCGGCUGUAUGCCCGACCCGACGCCAUCCAGAGCGGAUCGGGAGACUACGCCCUGCACAUCACCAAGAGACUCCUCAACUUCUACCAGGAUUACUUCAGGGUCCAGUACUCGCUGCCUAAACUAGAUCUUCUGGCUGUACCCAAGCACCCGUACGCAGCGAUGGAGAACUGGGGUCUGAGUGUGUUUGUGGAGCAGAAGAUCCUGCUGGAUCCCGAAGUCUCGUCCUUCUCCUACCAGAUGGAGCUCACCAUGGUGGUGGUGCAUGAGAUCUGCCAUCAGUGGUUUGGAGAUCUGGUCACCCCGGUGUGGUGGGAAGACGUCUGGCUGAAAGAGGGAUUCGCUCAUUACUUUGAGUACAUCGGCACCGACGUCCUCUUCCCGAAGUGGAACAUGGAGAAUCAGAGGUUCCUGACGGACGUUCUUCAUGAGGUGAUGUUGCUGGACGGUUUGGCCAGUUCUCAUCCCAUCUCUCAGGAGGUUUAUGAAGCCGCCGACAUCGACCGAGUGUUUGACUGGAUCGCUUAUAAAAAGGGAGCCGCGCUGAUCCGGAUGCUGGCCAACGUGAUGGAACAAGCAGUGUUUCGGAGAGCCAUCAAUGAUUAUUUAGUGACGCACAUGUACGGGAACGCAGCGCGGGACGACCUGUGGAACAAAUUCUCCGAGGCCAUGCAGCGUAACGGGAAGGACAUCAACAUAAAGAAGGUGAUGGACGGCUGGACUCUGCAGAUGGGCUACCCCGUGGUCACCAUCAGCAAGAACGAGAGCCUGGACAACACCGUCACCAUCAGCCAGGAGCACUUCAUCUACGACACGGACGCCAUGGUCCACCACCCGGAGCUUUCCAACAGAAGUUUCCAGUGGCAGAUCCCACUGACCCUGGCGGUAGGAAAUUCCACUCACAUUUCCACCGAGAAUGUCGUCUGGCUCUCCAAUAAAACAGAUACACACCGAGUGGGCCGCAUGGACGAGGGAACGUGGUUGCUGGGCAACAUCAAUCAGACCGGGUACUUCCGGGUGAACUACGACCUCCAAAACUGGAGGCUCCUCAUCCAGCAGCUGAAGAUCAACCACAGAAUCAUCUCUGUGGGGAAUCGUGCAGGUCUGAUCGACGACGUCUUCAACCUGGCCAGGGCGGGGUAUCUCCCUCAGACCAUCCCGCUGCAGAUCAUCUCGUACCUACCCGAGGAGGACGAGUUCCUACCCUGGCACGCUGCCAGCCGUGCGUUGUACCAGCUGGACAAGCUUCUGGACCGUACGGAGGACUACAGCUUCUUUAGUAACUACGUCCUGAAGCAGGUGGAACAGAGGUACCAUAAGCUGGUCUGGCCGAGCGUGAACGUGGACGGUUCCUUCCCGCUGGCCGCCCAUCAGACUGAGGAGUUACAGAGGGAGGUGAUCAUGCUGGCGUGCAGUUUUGGGAAUAAGCACUGCCACCGACAGGCCAUGUCGCUCAUCUCAGAGUGGAUCUCCAGCAACAAGAACAGGAUCCCCCCUAACGUGCGGGACAUCGUGUACUGCACGGGCGUGUCUCUGAUGGACGAGGACGUGUGGGAGUUCAUCUGGAUGAAGUUUCACUCCUCCCCCGCCGUCUCAGAGAAGAAGGUUCUGCUGGAGGCUCUGACCUGCAGUGAUGAUACGUUCCUGCUCAACAGACUGCUGAACCUGUCUCUGAACUCGGACCUGGUUCCCGAUCAGGACGUGAUCGAUGUGAUCAUCCACGUCAGCCGAAACCCCCACGGACGCCACUUAGCAUGGCGGUACUUCAGAGAGAAGUGGAAGCUGCUGAACUCCAGGUACGGCGAGGCUUUAUUCAUGAACUCUAAAUUAAUCAGCGGGGUGACGGAGUUCCUCAACACGGAGGCUGAACUCAGUGAGUUGAAGGAUUUCAUCCAGUCGAGCGAUGGCAGCGCCGCGUCGGCGUUCUCUCGGUCGCUGGAGAUCGUCCAGGCUAACGUGAAAUGGCACCGGCUGUACAGCGAGACCUUCUACCAGUGGUUGAGGAAAUCGCCCGACGAUUAACCGCCGGGUCCUCGUUCACUUCCCGAGGAGUCACAGUAAAACAUUUAAAGCCUUUUACAUGCGGGACGACGUACGAGGACAAAGACAAUUUUGGGGGCGGUGCUGACGACCUGUAGGUCCUCCCAGGCUCUGGAGGAAUGAGGACUUUUAGGGUGGAAUCUGUCUCACUGUGAGUGAAUCGCUGUUGAAUAUUGCAUGGUGGGUUAAACCUCUAGUGACAUUUAUUACUUUUCUUCUGGUUCUGUUCUGCAUAUCCGGUUCCCUGCCUCCUCGCUGUGUGCAUGAAAACUAGUUCCCGCCUCCAGUGGUCCGUUUUUUUUUGCAGAAGUGGCCCUCGAGUCCCGGGACGUCUCGCUAUAUCGCUUACCUCAAUAUAUCCAGUCGUGUUCUCACCGCCGAUAAGCACAACGUCGCCUGAUGUGACAAUCUGUACCCGGAGGGACGAGCGUGGAGCCCGGAGGACGUCCGUUCUCCUUCGUUAAGCCAUAGUAAGCGGAGAGGAGAGCACAACCGGGCGGGGUUCGCUCCUCUGUGGGCGUUUUGAGUGGGCGGAGUGGGUUCGGGUCUGGACGGGACACGACCUGAUGAUGGGAAUCUAGUAGAAACGUGGAGUGAAAUACGUUUGGUGUUUGUGUGGCGUGUACGACGGAUUCAUGACGGUUUAAUCGGUACGUACCGAAGCUGGUUGUCAUGGAGACAGAUCAAGAAGUAUUCAGAUUUUUUCGGAGAGACGUGUGUCCACAGAAAUUGAAAUCAUCUCUGUGCGACAGCAAGCCAUUAAAUACGCCACAGACGGGAAAACAAAACAGAGCAAAAAAUGAAUGAAUUAAUUAAUUAAUGUCUUUAUUGUCAUUGUACGAGGGAUCUUUAAAAAGGAGUAAUCGGUCGUGUCUGAGAGACUGAGAGACGCUUAUAGUCCGGAUUUAGCGCUCAAAGAAGCUUUAAGGGGAAGAAGAUUUUUAUGUGAUGAUGACGAGCUCAACCAAACACAUUUUUCGUAGACGAUGCUGGAAAAAUGCAUCGGAGGGUGACGAUGUUGAAAAGUGAUGUCUCCGCUAGAGUCUAAACUCCUCGGUUAGAAACUCGGUGUUGCCUCCGGUCGGCUGGGCGCCAUCUGACGGGCAUAAUUGGCAGUGCCUGCAGCAGGUACUAAUUGGCCACCGUAUCUGCAGGG